CAGGGUCCCAGCCGAGUCCAGGAGCACACUGAAAGGGAGAGAGAGAGGAAAAGUUUACCAAAUGGAUUUAUUCACAGGAGUCAGACCUUUAUUAUUCUCAUAUGUCCUUAUUAAUGGAAUACUUAUCACUCUGCAGUCUAAAGAAGAGGUGCUUUUGGAUAUGAAGGCAACAGGAGGCGAACUGGGCUGGUUGACAUGGCCCUUAGACCAAGGAGACAAGCAAGGGUGGGAGGUCGUCCAGAGGACCCUGAACGGCUCUCAGUUCUACACCUACUCCGUCUGUAACGUUGGGGAGCGGGAGCAGGAUAACUGGCUGCGUACCACCUUCAUCCAGCGGCGUCCAUCGGCUUCACGGGUUUUUGUUGAGCUCCAGUUUAUCGUCCGUGACUGCAACUCUUUCGAUGGAACCUCGCUGACCUGCAAGGAGACCUUCAACCUAUUCACAUCUGAGUCUGACGCAGAUGUCGGCACUACUUUCCGGAAGGGCCAGUUCAAGAAAGUGGCCACCAUCGCACCUGAUGAGAUCACAAGUAAGAAUGAGCUACGCAUUAAUACUGAGACGAAAGUGGUGGAGAAUCUGUCGAGAAAAGGUUUUUACUUGGCUUUUCAAGACAUCGGAGCCUGCGUGGCUCUUCUCUCGCUGAGGGUCUAUUACAAAACUUGCCCGGCUACCGUGAAGAGCCUUGCGUCCUUCCCCGAGACUGUAGCUGGAGGUGAGAACCAAGCGCUGAUGGAAGUUAGAGGGGUGUGCGUGGAGAAUGCCAUCAUCGAGGACAUACCUCGCAUCUACUGCACCGUGGAUGGUGAAUGGGUGGUACCAGUCGGACACUGUCAGUGCAAACCAGGCUAUGAAGAGGUCAAAAAUUCCUGUCAAGAAUGUAAGCCUGGCUUCUUCAAAGCUGAAGCUUCCAGUGACAAGUGUGAGCCGUGUCCUGCAAAUACCCAGAGGCUUAACUCUGGGGCCUCCUCCUGUCCCUGCAUGGAUGGUUUCUACAGGGCCCCGUCAGACCCCCCUACUGGACCUUGCUCAGGCCUCCCCUCUGCCCCACAAAACCUCAUGGCCACCACCACCCAGCUCUCCGCUGGAAAACUCCUCCUCUCCUGGAGCCCUCCUAAAGACACCGGAGGCCGGGACGACAUCACCUACAGCAUUGAGUGCCAGCGCUGUGAGGGGGACGUGUGCCAGCCCUGUGGGGAGAAGAUCCGCUAUGAGCCGGCCAGCGCAGGUCUGACUGACACCAAGGUUUCUGUGAGCGAGCUGGAUGCUCAUCUCAACUACACCUUCACCGUGGAGGCUCACAGUGGCGUGUCAGUGUUCGCCAGUCAGAUCAUGCCACGUGGUAAUAGACCAUCCACCAGCGCUCUGACUACAUCUCUGCACUACACAGAUCCACCAAAGAUUACCACGAUGCGAUUGGUGGAGAAGACCCCCAACAGUCUGUCCCUCUCCUGGGACGUUUCACCACGACCCAGGGUCCAAUCACGACCAAUCCGCUAUGAACUGACAUACCGCAAGAAGGAUGAUAACCUGGAUGUGACGACCUACACUGUCCUCAUACUGGAGAAGAAUUCUGUCCAGAUCAGUGAUCUGUCUCCAGGUACGGCCUACCUGUUCAGAGUUCAGGCCCUCAGCAGUGACGGCAGCCCUGGAGGCUCCAGCAUGGAGGAGCAGUUUGAGACUUCCCUGAAAGAGCGCCUGACUCAAAACAACACAGCAGUAAUCUUCUGUGCAGCGAUCGGAGGAGCAGCCAUGUUGUUCAUCGUGGUUGUGGUGCUGUUCCUUCGUAGACGGAAGAGAAACUCUCACACCCGGCAAGGACCAGAGGACACCUACUUCUCCAGCUCAGAGCAACUGAAGCCUCUAAAAACCUACGUGGAUCCGCACACGUACGAAGACCCAAACACAGCCGUCCUGAAGUUUGCCACUGAAAUCCACCCCAGCCACAUAACCAAACAGAAAGUCAUUGGAGCUGGGGAGUUUGGUGAGGUGUACCGUGGUAUUCUGAAGGUGCCAGGGAGGAAGGAGGUGGCAGUGGCUAUUAAGACGCUGAAGCCGGGCUACACAGAGAAACAGAGGCAGGACUUUCUGAGCGAGGCCUCCAUCAUGGGCCAGUUCUCCCACCAGAACAUCAUCCGUCUGGAGGGGGUGGUGACCAAAUGUAAGGACUUCUUCAAACAUGCGAUGAUUGUGACUGAAUACAUGGAGAAUGGAGCACUGGACAGAUACCUCCGGGACCAUGACGGCGAGUUUUCCUCCUUUGUGCUGGUUGGCAUGCUGCGUGGCAUCGCUGCAGGUAUGAAAUACCUCUCUGACAUGAGCUACGUCCACCGGGACCUCGCUGCUCGCAACAUCCUCGUCAACAACACCCUGGAGUGCAAAGUGUCAGACUUCGGUCUGUCCAGGGUGCUGGAGGAUGAUCCUGAGGGGACGUACACCACCAGUGGAGGUAAGAUCCCCAUUCGCUGGACUGCUCCAGAGGCCAUAGCAUACAGGAAGUUCACCUCAGCCAGUGACGUGUGGAGUUUUGGCAUCGUCAUGUGGGAGGUCAUGGCUUUUGGUGAAAGGCCAUACUGGGACAUGAGUAACCAUGAGGUGAUGAAGGCUAUCAAUGAGGCCUUCAGGCUGCCGGCGCCAAUGGACUGUCCCUCAGCCGUUUAUCAACUGAUGCUGCAGUGCUGGCUCCAGGAGCGCUCCAAGAGGCCUCGCUUUGGAGACAUCGUCAGUCUGCUGGACAAGUUACUGAGGAGCCCAGACUCCCUGAAGGCCAUCGCAGACUUUGACCCACGCGUAUCCAUCCGCCUGCCAAGCACCAGCGGCUCGGACGGUUCCCCUUUCAGGUCGGUGUCAGAGUGGCUGGAGUCCAUCAAGAUGAGUCAGUACAGUGAGAACUUCACCUGUGCUGGGGUCGUCACCAUGGACCAGGUCUUACAGAUGAAGAAUGAGGACAUAAAAAACAUUGGAGUGAGACUGCCGGGCCAUUUGAAAAGAAUCGCCUACAGCAUCUUGGGUUUAAAGGAUCAAACCAGCACUCUCAGCGUGUUUGCAGUUUGAUCCUCCUUAACAGGACUUUAUUUCGGGCACUGAAGCAGGCGGCCCUUUGGACUCUAAGCAGAGCUGGAGCGAUACUGCAGGGCGGUUUUGGAUCAGCAGGACCAACAGAACUGUGCCAUUGUGAGGCAGACAGAAUCAUAAUAACCAUCUGUACAUUUUUGAUUUCUUCAUCUUACUCACACAGGAAAACAAAAGAAAAUGUACAACCAUAGAUCUAUCAAGUAGACUCUGUAUAUUUAGAUAUCUAUUUUUAUUACUCAUGACUUCUGUACAGAUGUGAUUCACAGCUCAUGCCUUUUUUCUUCAUUUCGCAUUCCUGCUUCGUAAAAAAAUCAACAAUCCAGCCAGUUCUGGGAAUAGCUUCAACUUUACAGCAUCACACCCUGAGCUUGUUGCAUUCAGAUCCAACAAACAAGAGAGGCAAACUCAGCGUGAUAACACAGGACUAGAGGAGUCCCGCCCUGGCUCAGGCUGUGGUUGGUGCUGAUGUCACAGCGUCUCUCUUUAAUUGGCACUUUGGUCCUCUUCCUGUUAAAACAAUAAGGACGGAGCGUUGAGAGGGCUGGAAUUAGCUUGAGCUGGCCCAAAGCUAAGAGACUGUGUGCUUAGAUGAAUAAACACAGGUGGGCUGGGUGUUGUUUCCGGCCUUCUGCUGGGUCCAUGCAGAUAUUAAGCUAUAAUCAUGUAAGUGAUUUUAUAUGAGAAAAGAGAGCAUAUAUAUUCGGUACUCACUUUGUACAGAUUCACUUUUUAUUUUUUGUCUUCGGGCAAUUAUCAAGAACAUUGGGAUUCAAUUUUAUAAUGUAGCACUUAGAUCAAGAAUCUCAUUGUCUUUGUCUUUGAACUGUAUUUUUCAAUCAAAAACAAUAUCCUGAAAAAAAAAAUUUAAGCAAGGAAAUGUAUGGAUGAACUUAAGUCCAUUAGUAAUUAUCCAUUAGUAGGGUCAUUAGUCUCUAUGGAAGCCCUGAGUGGUCAUACAUGCCUACAUUUUGUUCUACUCAAUUUUCCUGUGAUACUGAGUACAUUUUGUUAUUUUCUAUGAAUACAGAUUCAUUUAUCUGUUUAUUUUUGGACAAAAAAAAAGUUUUUCAGUUUUUGGAAGAAAUCAGUCAAUUAUCACUAGAAAACUAGCAUUUUUACCAAAUAAUAACAACAAAUAUGCUAAAAUCUUGCAAAAAUAAAAGAAAUGUAGUAGUUAUGAUAGGAAAGUAGAGUAAAAUAAUACAUAUCGAUGUCGACCAAGGGAUGGGGGUCAUUAUUUUUAAUACUGAUCAAUUUUCCUUAACAAUCCCAGUCCUCAUCAAUACCACAGUAAAUCUUUUUUUCCAACAGUAAAAUUUGACUCCAUGGAAAGAUCUGUCUACGUGUCUGUAGGAACAGUCAUUUAAUUGACGCAUAAGAAGUCAGUUCUACUGAAGUCUCAUCUUUCCACAGAACUAAAUGUGGGCAUAUUUCAAGUCCCUAGUUUCAUAAUUAGCAGGCUAGUCUACUCUGUAGUAUCAGUUGUCAUGAAGCAGUUGUCGCUGUAAUCUGGCCUGCUGUACUAUGACAACCAAAGCCAUGACAAAGAAGUUGUACCUUUAUGUAAUGUUUAUUAUUUUCUUAAUUCUCAUCAGGUCUUACAGAGUAUAUUCAGGUAUAAAAACCUAGAAAAUACUGUUAGACAUAAUGCCAGUUUAUUUGAACUAAUUAGACCUUAAACAGAGUGUGCUCUGUCCAGGAGUAAUAAGAUGCUACUCAAUGAAAGACAGACCCAUCAAAUACUCGCACAUAAAUGCACAUAGUUUUUUUAUAUUUAACCUUUAUUUCACCAGGUUAUUCCUAUUGAAAGCAGAGUUCUCUCUGUAAGGGAGACCUGACUAAGAAUGGCAGCAGUAGAGUAUGAGAGUAUGAUUUCAGACAAUGCUAACCCGUUGUGAUUGAGUGCUCUGUUCUGCAUUUAAGUGUGCUGUAGUACAGUAUGCUAACAGAAGUAUACGAUUUGAGACACACUAAACGUCUCCCUAGCUAACUAGCUUUUAUCUUUCUAGUUUCAACACAGAUUUCAACAUUAGAUUAAUAUUUUUAAGAAGCAAGACUUUACCAAAGUUAACAAAUAUUUUUUCCUUUGCCAAGUGGUAUUUGUGUAUUCACAAUGCUAAUGUUCUUCAAACUUAUUGACUUGCAUUUUAGUUUCAAUCAAAAAUUUUGUCAGACAAUCAUUUGUGAACCACUGAUUUGAUUUAAAUGACACGACAUGACUCCACGUAUAAUAACAUGUUACAGGACCCAUAAGACUCAUUAGCGGUAUUGAUGAGCUCAAACGCUGUUGAUAUUUGGGUUUUUAAAAAUGCAAAACCGGGCCCUUAUGGAACCAGGUCUUGAUCUCCAUCCCUAAUGUCCACUUAGGGCUUCCUAACUAUUUGUAGCCUACCAGUGAUGAAGAGGGUGAAAUCUGUCAAAAUGUAAAUGGCCAUGCCAGAACAAAAAAAAAAGAGUUUUAAUGAUGAGUUGUGGUUGAGAUGAUUUCAUACUUAAUAACAGUUGGGUUUGCUAUUUCAAUGUCUCAUUAAGUUUUGUUGAAGAAAUACAAAUAUUCAUGAUUACUUCUGUGGGUUUGAGCAACACGUGGAUGGGAUGAAACUAUAUGCUUUGACUCGUUCCAGACAUUCAAAAGCAUUUUAAAGUAGUUGUUUGUGAAGCGUUCAUUACAGGGAGUUUGCUUCAGCCCGUUUUUAAAGAAGAAGCUCUCUGGAAAGUGUAUAGUGGACGGUUUCUCCAGUGCUCUUAAUUAAUGACUGCAAAUCAUUGUGUUACUGAUGUACACCUUCCUUUACUUGAAUUUUUACUGUAUUUUCAAAUGUAUCUGAUUCUUUUGUAGCUGAUAGAUCCAUCUUUGUAAAAGGGAUUUUUUUGUUAUUACUCUGGUUUACUGGUUGCAAUUACAUUUUGUACAUUUUGUAUGAUCUCACUUUGUACCAUAAUACCAAACUGAUUAUUUUUCUAUCACUCUUCUACUUUUGCUGCCUUUUCAAACAUUUUUGAGAGUUCCUUCAACAAAGAGCAAACUCCUUCCUUAUUGCCUGUUGUUUUAUACUGUAUUUAAUAGCCUAUUUAUUUUGUACUUUUAUUUAUUUAUGCUGAUAAACACUGAGCUGGGAUUUUAAUUGA